ACAGACUGAGACAGAUAGACACAAGACAGAGACCAGACUGAGACAGACAGAGUUCCAAAGCCCUCCCCCAGGGACCUGGCUGUCCCUGUGUAUCGCCCUAAGUGAGAAGAGACCCUGGAUGAGUCCCUCCAAGGGCUGGCUCAGAGAGGGAGCAAAGUUAAAUCAUAAGACUGUCCUUGAAAGGCCCAGUGGUUAGCGCAGAGUAGUUGCUUAUCAGCAUCACUAUACAUUGACACACAGCAGUCCCAGGCCUGGACUUGGAAUCAGAAGCUGUGGACUCGGAAUACUCCCCCCACCAACACUUCCUGGCUGUGUGGCCUCAGGAACUUUCCAUAAAAUGGAUUGGCUUGAGGACCACUAGAAUCCCUCCACAGUGUGGAUGCACAAUCUGCCCAGAUUAGAGCUGUUGCUCCGGCGCAGGCCAAAAUGCUUCACCUGGCGGACCCAGUCAGUGCACCUGGAAAAGGCAGAUAAUAAAACAUGCACCACCAACCCCAAAGGGAUAGUGACCUUCAAGUGCCAUCACUUGUCCCUUUAGGCUCAUUAUUUCCAUCAGAUAGUACUGGGAGGGCUAUCCCAGUACUUCAGGCAGGGUAACCAGCGUGGGCAAAGCCAGGAGGUGGGAACAUCCCUAGAAACCAUCCCCCUUCUAUUGCUGCCCCACUUCAGACUGGGGCCUUUAUCUGUGUGAUGAGAGGCCUGGAUCCCAGCACCCACCGUCCCUCCCACCUCUGCGCCACCCUCUGCCACCCGGGCAAGGAGCGAGUGACUCCUCGGAGAGCUGCGCCCUGGAAGGCCUCCAAGGAGGCCGGGGAGGAGAGCUGCAGCAGGGAACAAAUCCCAGCUUGUGCACGAGAAAGAGCCGACUCAGCAGAACGCCGCCAGGUUCUGAUGAAAAACACCAUCCCGGUGAUGACUUCAUGACAUUCCUUUCCGCUUAUUUAGUUCCACGGGCAAAUUUAAUUUAAAGGGAAAAAAAGAAAAUACGUUUUUAAAGACGCAUUAGUGUCUAAGAAAUCCAAGCAGUUCCCAAGCUAAUUAGGAGAUGGGCCAUGAGAGCCCCUGGGAGCGAACGGAAGAGAAGAUGGCGCCAGGCAGGCUCGGCCACCUCCUGACCCCUCCCGGCUCUCCAGUGAAGAGGCCCCAGAGAUCGAGAGAGCCCCUGCUUCCCAGGGGGCUCUGUGGGGAGGCUACUUGGGAGGUGCUUUAGAGACCCCCAGCACCAGCUAAAGGACCCCGCACCAGGAGUAGGGAAGGUUUGGGGGCAAAUCCUGCCCCAGACCCGUACCACUGUCCCCUUGGGCACUGAACUGUGUCUCAGUCUGUACAAUGGGGCACGAGCAGCUCACAAGGCUGCUGUGGUGGGACCGAGACCACCUCAGACGCGUUAGCUGCUCUCAUGGCCGCGCCUCCAGCCCCGCCCCGCUGCGCUCUGGAUUCUGCUGCCCCAGGAACCUCACUCCUUGCCACCUGCCAAGUAAACCCUUUGGGCCAGGGCUGGUAGGACGCCAAGCUAAACAGCCUCUAGAGACCGCCCAGGCAGACCCCUCAUUCACAGAGGCGGGUCCCUCAGACCCCCUGGAAGUCACAGUGAGAAGAGCUAACGGGAACCUGCCCUCAGUCAAAAGGAGACAAAGUACCUGCGCUCGGUUUCAGUGGGACGAGUCGGAGGAGGGACCACCCACAAAAGGCCACCACCUGUUCUCGACACCCAUAUUCCUAAGUGUCCUCGAGGAUGAAGAAAGAAAAACAACUUUGAUGGAACAAGAAGCUGAGGGGGGGAGCGAUGGCUGGAAUCUGACUCAGCCCCACACCCAUCCCUUCUGCUCAGGCUGCUGCCUCCCCCCCAGGGGUCCAGGCCCUCCCUUCCGCCCUCCUGGCCAGCACGUCCUAGGUGCGAGCUUCACCUGCCCCACACCUCCCAAACAAGGCACUUCUCUGCCCAGAACUCGCGGCCCAGAAGGCCUAGAAGACAAAAUAUUCGAUCCCUGGGCCAGGCACUUCACAAUGCUCCAGGCAGGAGCCCUGCUCCAAUCUCUCACAAGGGCUCAUGUCAUCAUUCACAUCCUAGAAUUUAUAACGGGACAUCAGCUAAUGAGGUCGAGGCAACACGCAAUUAUUAAGCACUUACUAUGUACCUGGGCAGAAAUUAAUUUCCCUUCUCAGCUCUUUGUACCAAAAUCCUUUCGAUGGGAUCAGAGAUAUGGGGCUGGAUACGGAUAUCCAUCAGAGAUCGUCUCAUCCAACAAAUGAGGAAACCGAGGCAGCCCAAGGGAGAGGACAUGAGCUGGAAAAUCAUAGGAACAAAGACUUUGAGCCAGAGGGGCCUGAGGAGGCUCACAAAGGCUAUUGCAGACGAGAAAGCGAAGGCCCAGGAGGAACAGCGAGGGUCCUAGAGGCCCAAGGUCUGCGCCACCAGCUGUCUGCUCUAGACCCAGGCUGAUUUGGAGCCAGGGCUCCCCGCUCCCCUCCCCUCCCAGGAUGCUCAGCAAUGCCAUCUCUUUCAGGAAGUCUUCCGAGAUCUCCCCCCAUUCUCCAAACCCACCUCACCUGCCCCAGAGACUCUGCGGCGGCUUCGCAGCCCCAUCAGACUGGCAGCUCCCUGAGCGGGGCGCGUCCCUUUAUUCUGGGGCUGCCUCCUUGCAGGGCCCUGGGCUUGACAAACAGGUGCAUGAAACAUUUAUCUAAUGCCCCCCCCAAAACAAUUCAGGAAGUGCCAGUCACAUAGAACAAUCAUAGGAGAGGCUUUUGGCCCUGGGAAGGGGUCAGGACUAGCUGCCUCUUAAGGUCUAGAUCUAGAAUUCUAGGAGAGAUCCUGAGCUGGAAGAGACUACAGAACCUCCGGCAGGAAGACUCAAGGUCAAAUCCAACUGUUGAUCUUCAAGUCACCUGACCACUGUCUGCCUCAGUUUCCUCGUCUGUAAAAUGGGAAUAAUAACAGCACUUCCCUCCAGGGGUUGAGAUAAGGAUGCCUAUGCAGGGGGUCCAGAGCCAGGAGUCCAGCCCAUGUGGGGUUCACUGGCUCAGGGGUCUAGUGUGGGGGACUACUCCCAGGUCACCAAAGUAUUGCGAAGGCCCAGAAAACAGCUGUCAUUUCAGUGACCCACCAAAAUGGGACUGGAUGGGGAGCCAACAUUUGUGCCUCUCCUCCCCAGGCCAGGAAGGACACAAACAGCCCAGAAGAACCCAAGAGAGAAUCUGACCUGGAAGACUCAGCAAUAACACAUCUUAAAAUCUUUUUUUUUUUCACUUUCUGAAUGAUUCCAACAAGAAAGAAGCUCUUUGCUAACAAAGCCGGAGUCUCCGAGCUGAGUGGCUGCUGGGAAUCACACCCAAGGAGGAAGAACCCGGCAAAGUUAAAAAAAAAAAAAAAAAAAAAAAAAAAAAAAAAAAAAAAAAAAAACAACAAAAAACCGCCUUUCAUGCCAUUUUUUCCAAUACUUAAAGGAAACAUUGAAAUCACUCCAUUAAAAUGGAAAAGUUAAAGUCGCUGCCAUUUUUAUGAAGGGAAAGAAACAGUCCCCGCUCUUGGUUGUUAAUUCUUUUUUAACCAUUCCCACACCCCGGCAUCUGCGAGCCGCCAGCUGUCCAGGCUAAUGACGUGUACAAGACUCAUUUUCCAACGGUGGCGUUCAUUAAUCUCUAGAAGCUUUCUGCAGCUCUCCACACCAAGGGCCUGGAGCAAGGGACUCGCACCCUGGGGGGGCAGGAGGGGAGGAGAGAGGAGUGGGGGGCCAGAUCCGCGGCUGCCUGUGCCUCCUCUCACCCCCCAGGGUCCCUGCUCUGCUCUGGAGGUCCCGGGACUUCCUGGAGGACCCCAGGCCAGCGAUGGAGAUCCCUUCCUGUGCAGCCCUCACCGACUCCAAAAGCAGCCAGCGCAGAGCCAGAGGAUGGGGCUCCGCUCCGAGAGACAUGGCGUUCUCCAGUUCCAAGAUCUUCCCCAACAGCCUCUCGCUCGCACGGCUGGUCCCCAGAAGGCAACGCUGAAGUCCGUGAGAAAUCGCUCCUCCGGACACCCACAGCCGAGGCCUCGGGUGGGCCCGCCCAGGGUCUCUGCUGGGAGGGGGGCGUCAUACCUCCAGGCCCCCGGCUCCUUCCCAAGAUGAGGGAGACAGAGAAGAGGAGGCCCCGGGCUGGGUCAGGGCCAGAGCGGCUCGGCUUCCAUCACUGGGAAUCCCGAUUCAGCCCCUUACUGGCUUAGGGGAUUCCUUGGCAGAUUCCUGUGUGCCAGGCACGGGGCAGCUGUUCCUGCCCUCAAGGGGCUCCCACCCAUCGAGGGAGGGAGCCACACAAAGCAGUUUGUACAAAACAAAUGCAAAGUUGUUGGGGGAGAGGAUUAAAGGAAAAGGCUUCCAACUGAAGGCCAAGCACCAGCCAGGGCUCCCCAAGGCUUCCAUUUCUCCACCCUUGGUGGGGGGAGGGUUGGGCCCAGUCCCUCCAAGUUCUGCGACUGUGGUUCUGCUGCAAACCCUCCGGGGUCAAACACGCUCGAGGCUUGGAGUGGCCUCCUCUCCGAAGUGACUUCAUGACCGUUUUUUGGGCUUAACCCCCUUCCAGGCGCUGGAGGCACAAGGAGCCCCCGUCCUCUCCUUCCCACACAAGUGGGGAGGCCUCUGGGGCUCCCCCACCCAGCCCCUGGGGCGAUCUCUGACAUUACACACCUCUCGUCUCCUCAGCACACAGUGGGCACUUAAUAAACACGGCCUGAUCCAGUAUACCUGUCUGUGUGCUGCCUCCCCCUCCUGCUUAGCACAGCACCUCUUAUGUAUACAGUAGGCACUCAUAGAUAACUGAUGGAUUCUCCAAACCUCUGGGAAAUGGGAAUAACAGCCCUCCCCCUCAAGCAGCUGUGUGGAGGGUGAAGUGAGGGGCAGCCCAGGAAGCAUUCCAUGACCUUCCGGGGUCAGCCGGUGUUACUGUCUUGGGGACACCUCUGGGAACAUGAGAGGGGCCCCAGCCCCCUCCCCACUUCUUUCACAAGGCACUGCCAGGAGUAAGGGGGGGGCAGAGCCAGCUCAGCAAACGGCCUUUGGCACCCGAGGGCCCCUCUGCCCCCACACAUUAAAUUGGGAAGCCUCCGGCUUAAAGACCCUGAGCUCUUCCUAGCAUCAUACAGCCGGUCUGCCCUUCCAUUUCACAGAUGAGGAGACCGAGGCUAAGGGAGGCCCAUAGAGCAGAGUUCAGAGGUCUGGCCCCAAGAUGGAGCUGGCGGCCUCGGUCCUCCCGAAACACAGCCAGCACUUGUGGCACUAGAUCCAGUUCUCCCUCCCAGAGGCUGAGACUGAUCCACAGCUUCCCACCAGCCAAUGAAUCCAGCAAGCCCCAGCACCCCGGGGAAGGCUGCAAGCCGGAGGCCCGAGCACCACCCAGACAGCCUCCCCCUGGGGCGCGGGCAUACCCCUGCCACACGGGCACUCCGGGGCCCCCCUCAGGGCCCUCCCCAAAGCCUUCGUUCAGCUUUGAGCUCUGGGGCCAGGAGAGCGCGGGAAGCUGCCCGAGACCAGGAAGGACAGCUCAGCUGAGGACCAAGGCAGCCCCUGUGGGGUCCUCUGGGGCACAGGCAGGGAGAGUCCCGCUCUCCAGGGGCGCCCAUCCCAAUGAGAAGGCCCCUAGGGAGCAGCGGGCAAGGCCGACCUGGGCAGAGGGGUGCCCGUGGUGGGCACGGAGAAAAGGGCCGGGAAAGGAGCGAAGGACGCUGGCCUGAGGACACCCACCAACCCACCAGAGGCGGCUUCCAACAUGAUAAGGGGCAAGCUGAGAGAAGACGGUCUGAGGUCUUGGUCUUUUGGAAGCAUUUCUCUCCAACCCUCAGCCCGGUGCCUGGCGCAGAGGAGAAGCUCAGCAAUUCGGAGCCUCCCGAGAGGCGGUGAGGGCUCCCGGCUUCCAAAGUGCUUCCGAGUCCCCGGCUCCGAAACUCGUAACCCUACCCUGGCAUGCCAUGUGGACCUCAGUUUCUCCACCUGGUUUUAAAGGCUUCCCCUUUCCCCCCAGCUCUGAAUCCUAGGAUCCAGUAACCCAAAAGUGCAACCAACAAAAUGAAUCCACCCACAUGAAAAAAGCCUGCAGCAAAAGGUGCCUGUUUUCUGUCUGAAGGGAAGGAAAAAUUCCUUGGAAAGCCUCCAAGCACCUCCAUGGCUCAAGUUUUUGCAAAGCUCCCAGACGGCCCCAGCCCCGUCUGGGGUUCAGCCACAGGGCCUCUGGGGUCCGGCUUGUCCUCCGCAGCAGGCCCGAACCCAAGCCCCCCAGGUAAUCCCCCUUGCCUCAAGGAACUGAUGUGCUAGGGGGAAAGGGGGGCAGCCAAGGGGGUGCUGGGAGGAGCCAUCACAGGCUGGGUCUGGGACCAGGGGAACAGCACCAGUUCCCGGGGAGAGGGCAUUUGUGGAGAGCGCUGUCCCCACUCUGGGAUCAGAGGCUUCGGAGCUGAAAGGACCCUCCCAUUUUACAGAUGGGGAAGCAGAGGCAGGGAGCAGUUAGCCAUCUUGCCACUUUCCACAACUAAAUGUCUGAGGCAGCAUCUGAACUCACAUCCAUCUUUUAAUUCCAAGUCUAGUGCUCGAAAUUCAGCCAUGACACGCUUCUCUGGAACCCCGGCAGGAAGCUGCUCUCUGCCCUUCGGGGCCCGCCCCUGCUGCGUUCCUUUGGGGCAGCGGCAGCUCACCCUCCUCCUUGGGGCCCUUCCCAUCUCACCUGCUGCACCCCCCAAGGCCCGGGAGCCAGGGAGCUACAGACUUCCCUCGGAGCCCCGGGCCAGGCCCGGCCGGCCGCUGCUGCUGCCAGCCGGGCACUCUUCUCCUCAGGGGCAGAGGUUGCCACACCCACCACCGCAGCGGGAAGGGGAGGGCAAGGCAGCCCUGGCAGGGCAGGCCGCAUGAGCCGCAGAGGCCGCCCAGGCGGACCCCCGGAGAGACGGGAACGGUGUCCCUGUGCCCGCGCCAACUGGCACCGAGAGCAGAUAGCGAGAAGGAGGCGCCAACAGCUCGGCUCCACGUGCGCACGCUUGGGAAGAGCCCGGGACCUGGUUUUCACACACACACAAACACACCUCAGAGAGACUUUUCCCAAGAAAAAGCACCAAUUCAAUGUAACUAAACAUGACAUUCCCAAACGCGGAUUCCCAAGAAACAUCCACCUUCCCGAGUGGAAGCCCCAGAAACUUCUCGACGGGGAGCUGGGAGGCCCCACAGCCACCGCCGCUCGGGCUGGGCACCAAACCCACCGAGAUGAGAGAGCCAUGAUCUUCCCCGAGCUCAAAGGACAGCAAGAGGCAGCUUUCAAUGGGAGAAACCAAAGGAAUC